AUGACCCCAGGCCUCGAUCGGACUGCUAUUCCGGGCACCGUGACGCUGGUGGACUUGGAGCAUGUCCUUGCCACCCGUCAUGCGGAUCGCGGCGACAGUGACAUCGUUCUCAUUCCGGAACCGUCCAAUGAUCCCGAUGAUCCCUUGAAUUGGGCCCCCUGGAGGAAGACCUUGUCUACCAUCUGUGUGAGCGUGUACACGUUAUUUGCUGGUAUCGCAUGCUCUGUCGUCUACUCGGUGCUCACGCAGUUAUCCGAAGCAACAGGUGUCUCGGUUGAUACUCUCAAUCAGGGAACCGGGUAUAUGUUUUUGUUCGCUGGAUGGGGGCUUUUGUUUUGGCAGCCACUGGCGCUGCAGUAUGGCAAGCGUCUGACAUACAUCCUUUCUUUGUGUGGGGGUACGUUGUCUGACAUGACUGUAUGCAUAAUUACUGACCCCAGCAGUCCCUAUAUCCACACCAACGGCCAGUGGAUUGCGCGCAGUAUCCUUUCGGGGUUCUUCACGGCUCCCAUUGAAGCUCUCCCAGAAGUAACCGUGACUGAUGUGUACUUCACCCAUGAGCGGGGAACAUACAUGGCGUUAUAUGCAUUCUUCCUGGCAGGCAGCAACUACUUUGCACCAGUCAUCUGCGGCUUCAUCGCCGAGUACCAAGGCUGGCAAUGGGUGUUCUACUGGCCCAGCAUUUUCUGCGCCUUUGCAAUUGUCUUCUUGUUUUUCUUCAUGGAAGAGACGAACUACGUGCGCGAGAAGGCGCCAGUCGCGGAGGUUACUUCGACGGAAGCUUCUUCGCGCACGUCCGAGCAGGGCGACAAGGAGAAACGUCCUGCUGAUGUGGCACAACAGAGUGACACAGAAUGCGGGGUGAUGUAUCAGAGGAAGACGUAUCUGCAGAAACUCUCGCUUGUAGGGCCCAGGCUGCCGAGGAACAAUAUGUUCCGGCGGUUCUACCACACAUUGUACUAUCUGAGCUGGCCAGUGGUAUUCUACGCGGGAUUCUCGUACGGAUCAUACCUUAUAUGGUUCAAUGUGUUGAACGGAACAGCUUCUAUUAUUUUGGGCGGCGCGCCUUAUAAUUUCAGCUCUGCAAUGGUCGGACUCAGCUAUGUAUCCUGCAUUCUGGGUACAUUACUAGCCUCUCUCUUCACCGGCCGCUUCAGCGACUGGCUCACGGUCCGACUCGCGCGACGCAACAACGGAGUCAUGGAAGCCGAACAGCGCCUGUGGCCCUUUGCCAUCUGCCUUAUCCUCGUGCCAGGAUCUCUCUUGCUCUGGGGCGUGGGAGCGGCGCACCAAGUGCAUUGGUUCGGACUGAUCGUAGCGAUGUGUCUGCUGGCGUUGGCGAACACGUGCGGCAUCACGCUGAGCGUCAACUACCUGGUCGACAGCUACCGGGAGCUGAGCGGGGAUGCGAUGGCGAGUGUGAUAUUGGUUCGGAACACCAUGUCGUUCGCCAUGGGCUAUGGGUAUUUCCAUCCCUUCCACUUGGUAAUCUUCAGCAAGCUAACUGCAAUAGAAUAA